AGUGUUAUUCCUGAUAGCCCGUACAAAGCGUUUAUGUGCGGCGGCACGGACGACGGGGAAAGGGUAGGAAACUAUAUUGCGACUCAUUCUAUAUUCUGCGAAAUCCUACAUUCGGACUAAAAUCUAACGGAUGUCAUGGAUUGCAGCCACGCUGGGAAACAUAACGGAUUUAUAAAUUCCGUUAGAUUGUACACUACAAAAAUACAUCAUUAAAAACGUUUCUGUUUCGAAAAAAAAUAUAUGGUUUCACAGUUGAAUCUGUAAGAAGAAAAAGAGCAAGAGGCAGUGACAUCACAGUCCAGACUUCGCCACGCAGCUGCGCUUCACAAGGCCGCGUGCCACGUGUCACCUCUCUACCCCAGCCAUGUCCAUAAUGGACCACAGCCCCACGACCGGGGUGGUGACGGUCAUUGUCAUCCUUAUCGCCAUCGCCGCACUGGGCGCCCUAAUCUUGGGGUGCUGGUGCUACCUGCGGCUCCAGCGCAUCGGCCAGUCCGAGGACGAGGAGAGCAUCGUUGGCGACGGAGAGACCAAGGAGCCCUUCCUGCUAGUUCAGUACUCCGCCAAGGGCCCGCGCGUCGAGCAUAAGACCAAGCUCACACCCAAUGGCACCGAAAGCCACAGUUAACUGCGUCAGGAUGCCUCGAGCGCACGCGUACACAGUGAGACCCCGGUUUCCCCACACUUCACCCCACGCAGCCCUCUCAAGACUCAUCAUGUGUAACAAUGUCUUUAUGGUGAACAGUGUUAACAAUAUUAAUAAGCUCUUUUUUAUGUUCGGCACUCUGAGGAAGGCUGAGAAAGGGAUUGCACUUUGGAAGUGCCCCCUGGCUUUAGAGUGAAGGAUGAAUUGAACACAUGCACUGAACAAACGUAGUUUGAUUAAGGAAACCUUUUGUUCAUUUGAACCAGUGUUGUUGCAUUGUUUUUUUUUUUUUUUACACAUUUUGCCUGAGCCUUACCAUAAUGUGAAGCUACAACUACUGUAAAUUUAACAAAAUAUUAUUUAUUCUGUGAGUUAUGCAUAAAUAACUCGCCUCAAAGCAAAUAUGAAGGAGUCCUGGAUGGAGUGCUGACGUGUAUAAAAUAAAAUUUGUGUGACGCAAAAUGAUACAAGUAUGUGUCCAUGGCACACGCAUGAGAAAUGGAUCAGGAGUGUUUGCUGGUGAGAAAUCGUCUGAGACCUUUGUGAUGUCCAAAAUGAACAAUUCACUGUUCCCUGCCUUGCUAGAUCAUUCUGGAGUUGCUUAUUUUUGAUUCAUUGUCUCUGAGACAGUGUCUUGCCAGGGAGUUGUUUCGACGUGCACAAAAAUAGCUGCUAUUUUCUGUCUGUGAAUUUUGGUUGCUUGAUCCUGCCAUGAAGCCACAUGUGAUGAGGACACCCAUGAUGGAUUUUCAGAAGUGCCAGCUGCUAUUAAGCAGAAGCACAGUAAUAUCCGGAUGGUUCUUCAUUUCCUUUUUCGGUAGCUGAGCAGGUUCUCUUCUGGUAGCAGAUAGUGUUUAAAUAGAA